UGUUUGUACAUACAAUAAAUUUGUUUAUUGUUUGACAGAUUUACUAAUUUUUCCUACCUAUACAAAAUUAUUAAUCGAUUUAAUGUUACGUUAUAAUAAUCCAGUUUAAAUAGCAUUUCUUUUAUAAUAUCAUUAUAUAUCCGAACACUUGCGGAUAGAAAUUGUUAUUAGCUAUUAUUGCAUAAUGGCUCAGAAAGAGGAAGACGAACCAUUUCAAGAAGACGACGUUUAUAUUAAUCAAGAAGAUGGUAUGCCGAAUAUUCAUCCUAAUAUCGCGAAUUUAGAACAAGAAAGUGAUGAUCCGGAUGAGGUGGAUGAUUUUGAUGACAUACCAAAAUCUGUUAUAGUUACAAACAUCCACAGCGAUGUUUUCACCGAUGAAAAACUAAAACAAGAUAUGGAAAAUCUCUUCCGUACAUUUUCUGAUAACAUAACAUUUCAGUGGCUUCGUAGUUUUAAACGUUUGCGUGUGAAUUAUGAUAAUCCUUUAGCAGCUGCCAAUGCGCGAGUGCAACUACACCAAUAUCAAUUUCAUAAUUCGUGCAUUAAUUGUUAUUUCGCACAACCAGUGACUCCAGUUUCGUUUAAGAAUUUGAGGCCACCUGCUCCUGUGAAACAGUUCCUCAUCUCGCCGCCAUCGAGUCCUCCCGUUGGGUGGGAACCUCGUGAAGAGGGUGAGCCUUUAGUAAAUCAUGACCUUCUUGCUGCAUUAGCAAGUCUAGCACCUGGGGAGAGUCAUGAGCUUCAUGCGCCGACUCCAACACAGCCAGCUAUUAUAGUUCAUACUGCACUAUCAAAUGAUAACAGUACCCCUAAACAUGGAUGUCCACUUCCUCAUACUCGCUGCCCAGAUUAUUGAAAUGCCUUUAAACAGUCUAGUGUAUUUAUUAAUUACAACCAAAGUAUGGAUGCUUUUUAUUUUACAUGUCGAUGUCAAAUUUGACAUGCGACUGUAAUGCCAAAGACAUCCAACAAUAUUACUGUGAAGUCUUUCUUUGUAAAGAAUUUGGACAAGUAAGAAAUUAUAUUGAUUAUAAUUAUAGGCUUCUUAAUAGGUUUUGCUUCCUAGUUUUGUAUUUUGGCAAAAAACAAUCAAAGUUAUAUUGGUGCUAUAUUUUGUCAUGAAAGGGCCAUUUAGGUUGCUCAUACUAGUGCUGUAUUUUUUAUAAUAAUAACUAAAUCUAUCUCAGUUAAUUAUGCAAAUUUAUCCAAAACAAAAUUUUCAGAAUUCAUACAUCCAACAUUAAAUUGAAAUAAAUAUGAUUAUGUCAAUUCAGUCAAGAAUAAUUAUAUAAUUUUUUUUAAUUGCUUAUAUACUUGCUCUGGCAGCACUCAAUAUUGUAAACUUAGUGAGAAUAUUUAUGGAGAUUUAAAAUAUAAUUACCAUUUAGUACCAUUUGUGAUUGUGAAUAAACCAACAUGUAUGAGCAUAAAUUGAUAAUGGGUUAACAUAUCAGAAAACUUGUGUUCUAAAUAAUAGACCCCAUGUUACCCAAUUGGCACAAAUGCCAUCCUUUGGUAUUUAGUAUUUUUGGUUUUGAUUUGUUAUAACAGAUAGUGAUAAUGCAAAGUGGCAUAUUUAGUAAUAUAUCCUUAUUUUUUUUUAAAUAUUGGCAAUAUUGACAAUUUAAAAUAAGGCAGAUAAAAUAAGAAUAUUAGACAAUAAUAAAUUUAAAAAAAUUUAGUUUGUUUAUUUUAUGAACCUGAUAUUUCGAUAUAUAAUUUUUAUUUACUAAGAUUGAUUACUAAAUAUGCUAAGUUGUUGAUUAUGAAUUAUAUUGAUUAUGAUUCAAUCUUUAAAGUCCUUCUUGUUUUUAUAUUUGUCCACUGAAGUAUGCCAUACCAUUUAAUUGCUAAACAGGCCUAAAAUUUAUAUCUCCCACAGAUUAUGUUAUUACUGGAGAAUUUGGAAUUAUAAGUGUAAGUUCUAUUAUUUAUUGAUUGUUUAAGCAACCUUACAUUCAGAGAUAAAUUAAUCAACCUAUACAGAAGUAUAUAAAUUAAAAUGAUAUAACUUUAUUUCCUUAGAGGAACAAGAUUUAUAGUUUUAAUUAUAAUACAUAUAAUAAGUAAGUACAAGAAAAAUAUUUUUUGUAGGUACUAGCUACUGUACCAUAAAUAAUAUUAAAAUGAAACAUUGUUCUGAAGUAACUUAAUACUUAUUUAUGUUUAUAUUAACUAUUCAUAAUGCCCUAUCCCAUCUGUGAUUACAGUUUUGAGCACAGUAAUAAUAAUUUUAUUUACUGAAGUUUAUAUGUAGCAAAGUUUAUUGUUAAUCAUUCCAGAGAUACAUCACCCAUAUAGUCAGAAAGGUUUUGUCAUACUGAUUUAAGCUUUGAGGUUGUGAUAGUGUUUCAUUUCACUGAAGCCUUAUGAGGAACAGCUUGGAAGGGAUAAAAAAUAUUUCUUAAUUAUAUGUCAAUAUAAGGUAUAUUCAAUAUUUAAUCUAUACCUUAGAAUUUUGCUAAAAGUCUCCAUUCAUUUCUGUAUCAGUUAUAAAGCAUAUUUAUUUUUUCAAUUAAUAUUUCAACACAGAAAUAAGUUCUAAUGCUAAGCUUCAGUUAAAUCAAUAUUUACAGUGUGUAUAUAUUAUAAAUUAUUUUUAUUAUUAACAAAAACAUUUUGUCUAUAUAAACUGCUUUCUAACUGGCACUGUUAUCAGACUAGAGACCAAUGGUAAGAAGAUAUGACAACAAUGCAAGAUUAAUUAUAUUGAAAUAUUUGUUGAUUAAAAUCUGAAUGUUACCCAACAACCCUGCAAAAUAUCAAUUUUGAUAAUUUGUUUCUGGAAAUGUAAACUUUUUAGGAUACCUAUUUAGAAUUUGUGAUAUUGUAUUGUGAAGUUUAUUAUAUAAUUGUUGACCUGUAAAUAAUAUAAAUUAUUUUUGCAACAAGCAACAUUAGUGUAAAAUGAAAUUAUUUUGAGAUUAGAGAAUUCGAAAAGAGCUUGUUUAUAGACCUGUUCUUGUGAUCUACAAUUUAAUAUCUAGUAUACUUUUUUUUGAAGGUAAAGUUUUAUUUAAAAUUUUCAAAAAUCUGUAAAUCUAGAUUUCAAUUUGUAAUCAUAUAUACAAUGAAAAAGUAUUUUAAUGCGGUCUUCAACUCCUGUUUAUGAGAACUAUGCUAAUGGAUAUAUAUAUGCACAGAAAUUUGUGUUUACUAAUAAAUUCAAACUAACUGCAACGCGCUGGGAGAUUGUUAUUCACCUAAUCACUUUCAGUAUUUCUAUUUAUUUUUUUGAGACUAGGGGCUUUUGUUAUUAAUUACCUAUAUAGAGAAAGAGAAAAAUGUAUUUAAUAGGACAAUACGAAAAUAAUUGUACCUAUAUAAAUCUAUCUAUAAAUCAGCUAAAAUGCUGUUCGUGCUUAUUAUUAUUAUAGUAUUGUGAUUAACUUCAACAUUUUUUAUUAUACUUUUCUCAAUGUAUGGGAUAAAUAUAGACAUAAUAUAUUAAUUUAUUAAACAAGUGAACAUCAAUUUUGGUUAUAGUUCCUAGUAUUUUCUUUAUACACAAUUUUUAAAUUAAAUGUUAUGUGAAAAUAAUUUUGGACUGUAUCAGUUCAAAAUGCUCUGUGAAUUAAUCGUGUACCUAUUUUUUCAGAUUCUUUAACAAUACCUGAUGUUACUGAAAUUCGACAACGUGGUACCACAUUUGAUAAAAUGGUAUCUAAAAUACUUCCUAUCUUAAUAUGAAGUGUAUCAUAUUAUGCAAAAUAUAAAAUCAGCUAAGUACAUAAUCAUUAAAAAAUAUAUUUUGAAACAGUACUUCUAAGUCAACUAGGGAGCACUUAUAUUUUUUGUUUUUGAGCAUAUGUAUACUUUGUGUAUUUAUGUAUUUUUUAUGUAUAUACUUCGGUACCUACGAUAAAACUAUUUCUAUUCUACAAUAAUUACUAAACAGUUACCAUGUACUUAAAAUAGUGUUUGUUAAAUUAACUAAAUUACAAAAAAUACGUCAAGAAAUAUUAAUUUAUAGAAUUUACUUCUAUUAUAGUUUUUUAGUUUAUAAUGUAGAAAGAGGCUUCAAAGAAAAGCGUAAAAUAAGUAAUAUAUAAAAAUUAAAAAAAAAAUGUUUUGGUUUUAAAGUUUUAACAAAUUUAACAACAAUGUGAUUUAAGAGAAAGUUUUUAGUAUUUCAAUUGAAAGUUGGCUAUUUUUUGUAUUUGUCUCAUAACAUUAAUUAAUAAAUAAAUUGCGAUCUCAUUCACUAAAAAUAGUAUAUUAAUAUUAGUUACGUUGAUUUUUUUUCUAUUUAAAUGGAAACAAGGUAGUAAUUAACGGUUAAAUAAUCGAUACCUAUUUUAAACUCCAUAUACUACGAUUAUAUUGUUGGUACCUUUACUUUGAUCAAUAGGUAAAUUUUGGGGUUAUAGUAUCUAAAUAAAAAUGUACACCAAACAGGUGGUAUGUAGGGAUUGCCCACAAAAUCUUUAAAUGUUAGGUAGGUACAAUUUAGACCUCUGCUCUACUUUUAAAAGCGUAAUAAAAUUGCCAUAAUAUUUUAAGGUGUUAGAACAAAUUAAACGUAAUAUUUAUUAUUUAUUAAUGGUAAUUGUUUGAUAUAUACAUUAACUUGUUAUUAAAAAUGUUUUGCGAGAAGCUUUAAAAUGAUACCGUCUUAUUUUCACAACGAGAAGGUCCGAUUUUUCCAAAAUAAUACAAGCAGAAAUGUACCUACUUACUGAUUGAUUGUCAGAAAAAUUUUUGUAAAACGAUAUUAUUAGAUUGGAAAUAAUCGAUUUCAGUAUAGCUAUUUGUUUAUCCACUGAACCUUCAUUACUAUGUACUUUAUGGGUGUAAAUUCUAUCGAUGUUUUUUAAUCUCACUGUGAUUUUGAAUUAUUGUUUGAUAUAAAUAAAAAUAUAUAUUCAGUUU